AUGCAAAAGCAGCAGUAUCUGAAUUCAUUCACCCGUUUUCAUCAACUCCUUCAAGUGGACUAUAUUAGUGGAGUACGAAAAACACUGGGAAAGCAGUGCAGUGGAAAAACACCGGGAGAGCAGCGCAGUGGAAAAACACCGGGAGAGCAGCGCAGUGGAAAAACACUGGGAAAGCAGCGCAGUGGAAAAACACCGGGAGAGCAGCGCAGUGGAAAAACACUGGGAGAGCAGCGCAGUGGAAAAACACCGGGAGAGCAGCGCAGUGGAAAAACACCGGGAGAGCAGCGCAGUGGAAAAACACCGGGAGAGCAGCGCAGUGGAAAAACACUGGGAAAGCAGCGCAGUGGAAAAACACUGGGAAAGCAGUGCAGUGGAAAAACACCGGGAGAGCAGUGCAGUGGAAAAACACUGGCAAAGCAGUGCAGUGGAAAAACACUGGGAAAGCAGUGCAGUGGAAAAACACUGGGAAAGCAGCGCAGUGGAAAAACACCGGGAGAGCAGCGCAGUGGAAAAACACUGGGAGAGCAGCGCAGUGGAAAAACACUGGGAAAGCAGCGCAGUGGAAAAACACUGGGAGAGCAGCGCAGUGGAAAAACACUGGGAGAGCAGCGCAGUGGAAAAACACUGGGAAAGCAGCGCAGUGGAAAAACACUGGGAGAGCAGCCUAGUGGAAAAACACUGGGAGAGCAGCGCAGUGGAAAAACACCGGGAGAGCAGCGCAGUGGAAAAACACCGGGAGAGCAGCGCAGUGGAAAAACAACAGGAGAGCAGCGCAGUGAAAAAACACUGGGAAAGCAGCCCAGUGGAAAAACACUGGGAAAGCAGCCCAGUGAAAAAACACUAGGACAGCAGCGCAGUGGAAAAACACUAGGACAGCAGCGCAGUGGAAAAACACCGGGAGAGCAGAGCAGUGAAAAAACACUGGGAAAGCAGCCCAGUGGAAAAACACUGGGAAAGCAGCCCAGUGAAAAAACACCGGGAAAGCAGCCCAGUGGAAAAAUACUGGGAAAGCAGCCCAGUGGAAAAACACCGGGAAAGCAGUGCAGUGGAAAAACACUGGGAGAGCAGCGCAGUGGAAGAACACCGGGAGAGCAGCGCAGUGGAAAAACACCGGGAGAGCAGCGCAGUGGAAAAACACUGGGAAAGCAGCGCAGUGGAAAAACACUGGGAGAGCAGCCUAGUGGAAAAACACUGGGAGAGCAGCCUAGUGGAAAAACACUGGGAAAGCAGCGCAGUGGAAAAACACUGGGAGAGCAGCCUAGUGGAAAAACACCGGGAAAGCAGCGCAGUGGAAAAACACCGGGAGAGCAGCGCAGUGGAAAAACACCGGGAAAGCAGCCCAGUGGAAAAACACCGGGAGAGCAGUGCAGUGGAAAAACACUGGGAGAGCAGUGCAGUGGCAAAACACUGGGAGAGCAGCCUAGUGGAAAAACACUGGGAGAGCAUGGAAAAACACUGGGAGAGAAGCCUAAUGGAAAAACACUGGGAAAGCAGCGCAGUGGAAAAACACCGGGAGAGCAGCGCAGUGGAAAAACAACAGGAGAGCAGCGCAGUGGAAAAACACUGGGAAAGCAGCGCAGUGGAAAAACACUGGGAGAGCAGCCUAGUGGAAAAACACUGGGAAAGCAGCGCAGUGGAAAAACACUGGGAGAGCAGCCUAGUGGAAAAACACCGGGAAAGCAGCGCAGUGGAAAAACACCGGGAGAGCAGCGCAGUGGAAAAACAUCGGGAAAGCAGCCCAGUGGAAAAACACUGGGAGAGCAGCGCAGUGGAAAAACACUGGGAAAGCAGCGCAGUGGAAAAACACUGGGAAAGCAGCCCAGUGGAAAAACACCGGGAGAGCAGCGCAGUGGAAAAACACCGGGAAAGCAGUGCAGUGGAAAAACACUGGGAGAGCAGCGCAGUGGAAAAACACCGGGAGAGCAGCGCAGUGGAAAAACACUGGGAAAGCAGCCCAGUGGAAAAACACCGGGAGAGCAGCGCAGUGGAAAAACACCGGGAGAGCAGCGCAGUGGAAAAACACUGGGAAAGUAG